AUGCCAGUUGGUGUACACGCCCAUGCGAAGUUCUUCAGAUGCUGUUCAAUUACAAGUAUUUUAUCAACUGGAAGUAUCAGAUGGACAGAUAUUCGUGCCUCUGAAACUUCACCGGAUGCAGCGUCUGUGUUUUUGUAAAGUUUGACAAAGUAUGGCAUCCAAAGCUGUUUAUUCGCAUAGAGACCCUAUGCUGAAGAAAAGAGAUGACUUUGAGGACAUUUUGGAGGAGCGGAGGAACUCCAGUGACCUGAGAUACGCCCUUAAAUGUUACACUCCUGUUCUGUACAAAGGAGUGACGCCAUGUAAAGCCAGUGUGCUGAAGAGCAUGGUGCUUCAGUCUGAUCAGCUUCACUAUGUUAUCAAUCAGGUUUCCAAAGAGAAAGGCAGGGCUAUUGAUGACGUCCAGGAUGAGGCUUCAGCCAUCUUGGAGGAGAUGGCUCAAUGUCUGCAGCUCAGCACCGUUCGCUUCUUUGCCUUUAUGCUCAGCAAGGUCUUUAAAACCUUGUUCAGGAACAUCUGUGUAAAUGAAGAGGGCAUCCAGAGGCUUCAACAGGCCAUUCAGGAGCACCCGGUAGUCCUAUUACCAAGCCACCGAAGUUACAUGGACUUUCUGCUGAUGUCAUACAUCCUGUACACCUACGAUCUGGCUCUGCCUGUUAUCGCUGCCGGCAUGGACUUUAUGGGGAUGAAAUUUGUUGGGGAGAUGUUGCGGAUGUCUGGAGCUUUCUUCAUUCGGAGGUCAUUUGGCGGAGACAAACUGUACUGGGCUGUCUUCUCAGAGUACGUCAAGACCAUGCUCAAGAAUGGAUUUGCACCAGUAGAAUUUUUCCUAGAGGGUACCAGAAGCCGAACGUCCAAAUCUUUGACUCCAAAGUUAGGUCUGUUAAAUAUAGUCAUGGAUCCAUUCCUUAAAGGGGAGGUGUUUGAUGUUAGCCUGGUCCCAGUCAGUAUUAGUUAUGAGAGGAUCUUGGAGGAGACGCUUUAUGCCAGAGAGCUGCUGGGUGUACCCAAACCCAAGGAGUCCACUUCAGGUCUGUUUAAAGCCAGAAAGAUUCUCAGUGAAGACUAUGGCAGUAUUCAUGUGUACUUUGGGCAACCUGUGUCUGUUAGGAGUUUAGCAGAGGGCAAAGUUAACCGCUGCCAGUUCAACCUGACUCCAAGACACAUCCCCAGCAGGCCCGGAAAGGACAUCAACAGCUUUGUGAAUGACUCUGCCUACAAGCUGGUGCGGGCCCAGGAGGAGAACAUGGUCCUGAAGCCGUGGGUCCUUCUGGCCUCCCUGCUUCUCCAGAACCACCAGCAGAACCAGGUGGUGGAGCAGAAACAGGGGAUAACGCUGGACGAGCUGACUGCACAAGCUGUGUGGCUCAGGGACCUUUCCCGGCAGUACGGAGCCUUCCUCGACUGGCCUGACCACCUGCCUCCAUCAGAGGUGGUUUCCUCCAGUCUUUCCCUGCAUGGAAGUCUAGUGAGGAUCUGUGAGGGAAGAGUCCAGCUGGCAGUGGACCAAGCAGGAGGACAAGUGGGGCCAGGGGGGGCUCACAGCAUCAUCACUCCAGAAGAGGAGCUCCUGAGCCAGGCGGUGAUCAUACUCUCCUGUGCCUCCUACAGAAACCAGGCACUGCAUGUCUUUCUCAGACCUGCUCUGCUGGCAUCAGCCAUCCACACUGCCUCCUCUAACAACAAGCAGGAGGUCUUCAACAGUUUCAGCUUUCUAAGAAACGUGUUCUCCAAUGAGUUCAUCCUUUGUCCUGGAGCUACAGUGCAGGACUUUGAGGAGGCCUGUUACCUGCUGGUGAAGACUGGAGCUCUGCAGGUAACCCAGCAGGAGAUUCUGGUAACAGAAAAAGGACACAGAACACUGGCCUUCCUCACCAGCAUGCUAGAUCCCUUUUUACAAGGAUACCAGGUGUUGUUCCGGUUCCUGUGUGAGGAGGCCACUGAGACUCUGACAGAAAAACAUUUUAUUCCUGCUGUUCGCAAGUUCAUCAUCAAACAUCUUCUAGCAGGUAGACUAAGAUAUACCGAGGUGUUGUCGUCUGACCUCCAGAAGAACGCUCUUGCAGCUUUGCUAAGACUCGGCGCUGUACGGAAAAUCAAAGGAGUGGAGCUGGGGACUUUAAAGGUCAACAAGGUGAUUGUGAACUCAUUGGAAGACACUCUAGGAGGAAAGCUCCCCACUCAAAAAGCUGUCGUUGCCCGUCUCUAAGUCACCAACCUUGUUAGUGGACUGUCUCAGCUCUUUGCUCGGUCGGCCCGGGUGUAUCCCACAGGCAGUCUAAACUAACUGCUUUCUAUGAGAGAUGAAACAAGAGUUGCCAUCUGGAGAUGGCUCAACCUCCUCUUUAUUUUCUUUUUCUCUUCACCUCUUUCCAUCUUCCAUUAAAAAUCUCUUGUAUAUGUACAUAAAACCACCUGCUCAGUGAGGCCUUUGAAGGUAUAUUGCUAAGCUUUUUGGCUCAUUCUGAAUAACUGAACUUUUGCUAUGAGCAGCCUUUAUGAAAGCUUCUGAAUGUGCCUACUUCACUCAGGAUGGUAGCCGUUUUCCAUUAAUGCAUUUGAUAUGUAUCCUCUAACACUCGUGUGUUUUUUCUUUGUGUUAUUUUCAGUCUGCUUUUUUAUCUGAGCUUCAGUCUGUCAUCCAUUCAUUAUCUGAGUGUCUCUUUGUUGUCUCUCUUUCUUUUUUUUUUUGAGAAGUUUAAUGAAUUUAUUCAUGUUGUUGUGGUGUGGACCUAUAUCUUCACUCUCUUUUGACGCACUGCUUUCUCUCUCUUUUUUUUUUUUGUGAAACAUAGGUUGUUAAAAACGGGUGGAUAGGAAGAUUUAGGUGGUCACAUUUAUACAUUUAUAUAUAUUUGAGUUGAAUUUGCCACAGACCCAAUGCCUAUAUCAAGAAUAGCUUGUACCAGGUGUCAUUGUUGGAUUUAAACCACCCUGGUACAAGUUUUCCAACCCCCCUCAGGUCUUCUGCCAACACUCCGAGCUUCAUGGACAAGUAGUACAUGACACACAUUUGUUUACACAGUGGAGAUAAUGCUACAAGUCUAACGUCAGUGCCAGACUCCAUAUAAACUUGCAGUUAGUAAUACUGAAGCACUACCAGCGACACCAAAGUAAUAUGUUUGACAUUUUUGUUUACUGUUGGAGAUAAUUUACAUGUUUUUUUUUAUUUUGUUUUUUCAUGUUCUCAAGUCUCGAAAAGUUAGUAAAGUUGCUACAUAGUUCACACAGAUUUUGUUCAAAUUCAGAAUAUAUUAGUUGUUUAAUAUUUAUUUAUAUUCAAUGCGAUACGCAUUUGAUAUAUUUUUGUUACAAGGGAAGGAAGACAGGGCAAAAAUAAAGGAAAAUGUGAGGAGUGGCUGUAACACAGUAACUCGCAGAAGAACAAAGUUUUAAAAUGUCAUUGAAGCGUAGAGUAAUAACAGGUCAGGACGUCCUUUAAAAAGAGCUUUAAAAGUACCAGGCUAAUGGGUGACUCAGGAUUGCCUACUUAGCUGACAUGUAAUUCAGAAGGGUGUAAUUUUGUGGUAACCUCCCCUCUCAAAAAACCCUUAUUUUCAAGCUAUUUAUUUGGUAGUAAACUAGCAGUGUUAUCGUGUUACCUUGAAAUCCCAUUCUAGGGCAGAUUGGUGUUUUGUAGAAACUGGCAGUGCUGCUUUUGGAGGUAGAUAAACUCCCCUCAUUGGUUGAGUUAAAACUCAUGGUAGAACCAAACAGGCACUGGUUCUCUGGCACUGAAAAUGUUUUACAGUGGUGCCAAUAUGAUACCAGAGUUAGACACUACUAACACUACAUUUUUUUCCAUGCCUGCCUUAGAGGAAUCUAAACACAUUUCUUUUAUUCUGUUUCACAAAACAAGCCAAAUUUCUCAAAUGAGUCGUUUUAUGCCAACUUUUGACACAUGGUGCUACGGACACAGUUUGGCCGCUACUCAAAAAGUACUGGGGUACUCUAUGCCAAAGCAGUGUUUACGUGGGUAAGCUGGCAUUUGUGAUAUAUAUCUAUGGAAAACCUGGGUCAGCCUCAAAGGUGUCAUUGAAGUAAAGGGACAUCAUUUGUUUUUUUGCUUUGACGGAUCCUAAAUGCUAAUAACUAACGAUAUGAGUGAAGGUAGCCAUUGUGAGUCUGAUGCUCUUGCUACUAACGUCAGCGUACCCCAUACUAAGCUGUUCAUCUUGAAGUUUAAAAGCUUACACUUCAAAAUUAUAAAUUGUUACAAAAAUUAUAUAAAUGCCACCUCCGACUUCUUUGAUCGCCAAAUGUGCCAGAUACCAAAAUUGUAUGUUUUGGAACUUGAAACGCUUGUUGUUAGGCUUCACUCGCAGAGGUUAACUCAACCAACAACAAAGCAGCUCUGCAUCCAAGAAACGUUUGAAGAUCUGCAUGUCAUCCAAAGUGCAAGUGUACUGUAUGAGUGUAUUUGCAGUUCAAUUGUUACAAUAACAGCGUUUAUACUGUGUAAUGUCCAAAUAUUGGACUAAUUUGUGUGUAUGUGUGUGCAGUCAUGCGUAUAACUAUGUUAAAGUGUGUAUGUGUUGGGUGAGGCCUUUUGGUAAUGACUGUACAAGCUGUUUUGAAAUACAACUUUCAGCCCAGAUUUUGUCUUUUGUAGUUUAGGGCCACCUUGCCCGGACUGAUUAAAAUUCAAUAUGUCAUCCUUUCACAUCUGAUGUUUGUUGGAACCUGUUGUAACAGACUCCUGAGAAAAACUGUUUGAGCUAAAUUGAUUAAAAAAUGAUGUGAUUACAUUAAAUCA